AUGAAAGAUAGUUUAGUUAUUUGGGAUUUUUCAAUCAAAUGCGAUUUCGUUGGCUGCAAGGCUCAGGACGGGACGAAAGCUGUGAAGGUCGCGUAUCAUGUACCACGUCGUGACGAUGAGAAGCAGAUUACUAAUGAUAAGAAGCCAUAUAUACUCCGUUUUCUCGAAAGGCAAUGGGCUGUAAGAACUGAAGUGGAGAGGGAGUCAAGGGUUGACUCGCCUAAGAUAAAGAAGAAGAAAAAAGCAGACGUGAUGAAGAAACGUGCCAGCAGCGAUGCAUCGUCGAUUUCAUCCCAUCCGAAUUCAAGACGGCUAAGCUAA